AUGGGCCCUGAUAUACCUGCCGAAGGGGAAUCGACCCAGAGAUGGGUGGACUCUCCAGCGGUGUCUCAGGGCGAGAUGGGGAAGGAGGCUCUGCGGGCUGGUAGCCAGGUGCGAGAUCGAUUACCUCGGAAGAGAUUUGGCCCUGGACAUGGUAAGCUCAUCCGGUGGUCAUUCAGGGAGCUGACUUGUGCAAAGGAAACUACGAGCUUGAGGCAUUCCCAUCCUGUUACCAUCCCCCCAGCCCCAGGCGACUUGGUCAGAGGACACAUCAAGGAGACUCUUCAGCAGCUGCACGAUUCUAGAGGAGCGUGGGACCCUCACUUUGUUUAUCGCAAGGCUCGGAAAGCCGCGGGGGCGUGGGGCGCCUGGAAUCUGGACGAUGGGCAUCAAAGAGAUUUUGGAUUCGAACCAGUGAAGGGGUUCUGGUUUACGGGCGAAAAGACAAGUCCUGUACAGCCCCCAACACCACGACUGGAAGACGACCCCGUCAUGCUCCAUUUCCACGGCGGAGGCUAUCUAUGCGGCACUGCCGCAGAAACUGACCUAACUUCUUCCAUAUGCAAGUCUCUCGUCAAGUACUCGCCCAUACACCAUAUCCUCUCUGUCGACUAUCGUCUCGCGCCGAAAGGUCCUUGGCCGCUACCAUUGAUGGACGCAAUCUCGGCGUAUCGCUGGUUGGUCAAGGAUAGAGGGAUUGGGGAAGCGGAUAUAGUACUGGGUGGAGACUCGGCGGGCGGUCAUCUGGCGUUGGCUCUGGCCAGGUGGCUGAGGGACGAAGGAGCCGCAGUGGGGCUGAACAUGCCGAGAGGUGUGGUUCUGUUUAGUCCUUGGAGCGAUCUGGGUUUCACGAAUGCUUGGGGCAAAGACGAGUAUAGGUUCAAUGCGGAUUCGGAUGUGAUUGACGACACUUUUGGGCCUUUUGCUUGUUCCCUUCUUAUGCGCGCUCAACCGAUUUCUCUUUGCUAUACGUCACCCUACGUUUCGCCUGCAGCGUCGACCAUCCCAACAGAAGACUUGUUUACAAACUUUCCCCCAACAUAUAUUGCAUACGGCAGCGCUGAGCGUCUCGCGCGGUCUAUCCAGACCCUUUUCAGGCGCCUGCAAAGCGGGCGUGUGAUUGUGAAACAGGCAGUGCAGGACAAGAUCUUUGUCGGACCCGACGCGGUGCAUGACUUUGCGAUUUUUCCUUGGAUGGAGGCAGAGACUGCAAUGAUGUAUGAGGAUCUCGAUGGAUGGUUGCGAGAGCUUUUGUCAACCGAGAUUGAAAUCGAGGACGAGGCGACAGAGGAAGCAGAUGCUGUCUCUCCGCUGGUUUCUGCGUCAGUCUUCAACAGCCCGAUGGACGACAGCGCGUCUUAUCGCCGAUUGAGUCGACAGAGGACAAGGGAGAGUCUGAAAUCAAACAAGUCCCCGGUGAUGGGGGCAACCCCCGAUUCAGGCAUGCUGAGGAUGGUAGAGGAUAUGAAGGGAGAAGGGAUGAGCAUGAUCGACAUUCCUAAACUAGACCUGGAUGCGCCAGCAUCUCGCAAAGAUGUGUAG